AUGAUGCUGUCAACAGGAAAAACACUUCUCAUAAGAACGCUUUUACUUCUGUUUUACGGCUUGGCUGGCGCAGGAAUUUUUACCCUCAUUGAAAGGCGAGAGGAAAGCUACAAAGAGACAUCAAAAAGGAUGAUACAACAGCUGAAAUAUAACUUUACUAAAUGUUGCAACAUGACAGAUGAAGGGUUUGAGAUUUUCUUAACUGCUGCGUACAGCGCUGUACACACUGGUAAAACAUUGGACUGGACUUACUUCAGGGCUGUGGAUUUCGCAUAUUCGGCUAUGACAACUAUCGGUUAGUUUUUUUGUUUUUAUACUGACUACCGCUAUCCUGAGAGAACAAGUGACAUUUGGCGACGCAACCACCGGUUUCCCCGCGAAAUGACAUCUGAAGAACGAGCUCAGAAAUUCUAUUCUGAUGACGUGUCACUGCCUAGACCUGGGUAGUGUUUCUGAUUGGUUGAAACAAAUUUCUCACGUGGCACGACCAAUCAAAAGCAUUACCCAUAUCUGGGUAGUAGUGCGUCAUCAGUAUGGAAUUUCUGCGCUCGUUUCUCGACGUCAUUUCGCGUGGAAAGCGGUGGUGAUGCCCGGGUGGUGAUGUCGCGGAAUGUCGGCUGUUUUCUCAGGCUAGUCUACUGCCUAUUCUGUAGAGUUUAAAGCCAAAGCCAAUCUGGACAGGGUAGGGUCCAUCCUAACCCAUCCUUGUUAGGAUCACGAAAAUUGAAUGGUAUAGCACAUACAAUAAAAACCCACCAGUAAGAACCUGUUAGGCUUAAAAUUUCCUAUUAAACAGGUUCCUUCCGUACAAGAACCUGUUCACCCUAAAAUUUGAAAUAAAACAUGAAAUUCUGUACACUUAGGCAAACAAAAUGUCAACAUUUAGGAUUCUCUUUGAAUGCAUAGGUGCCUUAUCACUCCAAAUGUAAUGUAAUGGCAUGCUGAUUUUAUGGAAGGGAAUAAGCCAAUUGCCACUAAAUACCCUUAGCUACAAUUUAGUUAAGAACCUAAAUAGCCGAAAUUUGCGCUAAUUUCUAAUUCCGCUUAUGUAUAAACCAGUUUAGGCUUACUAGUCUUGGGAAAAUGCGUGCUUUAGUUACUCGUGGGUUGUUACUGUAGAACAUUGUGGCACAAAGGAGAUGGUCAAUCGAUUUUUAAUUUUCCCUAAUAAAUUGAUAAUUUAGUUCGGGGGCAUACGAUGCAAUAGUCCUGAACUAAAAGAUUAUUUUCUUUUUCCAGCAGAAAACAACUCAAUCUUAACGUUCAUUUUUUAAAUUUCUCUUCUCCUAGGAUACGGCCAUUUGACUCCAGUCACUGCAUAUGGGAAGUUAUUCUGCAUUGUUUUUUCCUUGUUUGGAAUUCCUCUAUGUUUGCUGACCCUAAAAUCUGCUGGCGUUUUGAUCUCCGAGCUUUUAAAGAGAGCUAUAAUCAACUUCGAGAUAAGAGCUUUCAAGGUCCCGACUGUGAGUCACUUGGAGUUCAAAUGUGCCUUUUUGACGUUAGCUUUGAUGGUGAUCUUUCUUUCUUUAAGUUCUGCUGUUCAAGUCAUUGGGGAAAAAUGGACCUUCGUCGACUCUUUUUACACGUGGUUUAUAACUUUCACUACUGUUGGCUUCGGAGACUACAUCCCUUUUGAAAGUGUUGUUUCCAGAGAAGAUGUCGGUAUUACGGCAGCUGUUUUCCAUAUUUUUGCCACUUUUCCGGCUCUGUGCGGUCUGUGUCUGGUAGCUAGUGUAAUAAAUACUCUUUUAACAGUCUUUGACAAACAGGAACCAUCGGAAGUCUCUAAUUCCUGCUCUGGGCAUUUGCUCAAUUGUACGAAUAGAAAAGCCAAAGAUAACCAGGAGUUAAAUUUCGUAAUAACAGGUACUGCAGUAAAGCCUUUGAAUAAGGUGAAAAGGCCCCACAGCGUUUAG